AUGGUAAAGAUGAUCAUCCAAGCCCUGAAAAACUUCUUGGAGCAAAAUUCAUCGCUAGAAAGCAAACUUCGAACGGCUGUAAUGGUCGAUAUUAAUGCAGUGGUUGCAAACAUCUUGGCUUUCCACAAGAAAAUGGGUACCACACCCUCAACCCUCAAAAUCGUCAACGACACAAGCACCGACAUCGUCGACACUUCCGUAUCCGACUUAAAUGAUGACCACUUUGUGCAGACUAAUCAUCCAAGGAGCCAAUUACGCGGUCUAUCCAUAAAUGCAAAAAGAUCAGUAGAACGCUUAGUGGACCUCAGAGCAAAUCAUUGUCCUGCGACGAUCACCUUACUUUUCAAAGACAAAACCGAAGAUACUGUUCGCAUAGAUCUCAGAUGUUUUUGUCCAUCCCCCUAUAUUUUCGACCACACCACACGAUCACACAAAAUUUCUCGCACAGUUGGCAACAACAAGAUCAUUAUAACGAUUGAAAACACUGCGGAACAGAAGAAGAAUGAAGAAGCUGAAGAGUUGUUGAGGAAGGCGAGAGAGGCGAUGAGGCAACGGUUGUAUGACCGAUCUAUUGAUCAUCUUAAUCGCGCCAAGAAUUUAGCAAGACAAGCUGAUACAAUUAAGGAGAUCAGGUGUGAAGAAAGUGAAGUAUAUAGUUCGUUUGGGGAUAGUAUGUUCGAAAAGGGUUUAUCGAUGGAAAGAGUACACUUAGAAGCAGCACAAAAUAAAUUUUCUAGAGCGAAGUCCUUCUUCCAGCGAUCAUUAGAGUUGGUGUGGAAUCAAGAGGCACAGGAGAAGACACGUCUUUCCGAAUUGAAGAUAAGUGGAAACAGAAGUGUCAAAGAGGCAAUGAAACUAGAAAAUGAACCUUCUGAGAUGGUCGGGAACGAAGAAUAUGAAACGGCGUUGGAUAAAUACGAAGCAGCUUUGCGCACAUACGAAGAAGCUAAAAGAAAAUUUGAGGAAGGAAAAACAUGUAGAUAUGCACUUUUUGUUGACUCUGUGGACGCUGUGGAGGAAAGAAUCGAACACGUAAACGUUUCUAUAAAAAACACUAGGGAAAAAAAACAAAAUGAAGAAGCCAAAGAAUUGCUACAGGAAGCUAAGACAGCAACAUUGCAACAGUUGUAUGAUGUUGCUCUUGACUAUCUUGAUCAUGCUAAAACCUUAACCGGUCGAUUCGAUACACUCGAUGAUAUUAAAAAAGAGGAGAGUCGGGUUUGCAGUUUAUAUGCGGAAACAGUGUUUGAAGAAGGUUUGCAGUGCGAACAAAGAGAACACUCAGAAAUGGCCCAAAACAAAUUUGACAUUGCAGAGUCCUUGCUUCGACGAUCUUUGAGACUGGUAAGCAGUAGAGAAACUCUGCAGAAGUUGCGUCUAGUCGAGUUGAAAAUUGGUGGCAAUAAGGGCUUAAGCCAAGCUUUGGAGUUGGAAAAUAAAGCUUUGGAAAUGAGCGAGAACAAACAAUACGAAAAGGCUUUGAAUAUUUACCUCGCUGCCCUCAGCACAUACAAAGAAGUUAGAGACAAGUAUUUAAAAGGUGCCAGGUGUCGACAAGAGUACUUCUCUAAUUCCAUAAACAUUGUCAACCAACAAAUAGAUCAAGUAGAAGCCGCUAUUGACAACACUGGAAAACAACAACACAAUGAAGAAGCUAAAGCGUUGAUGAAGACAGCUGAAGAAGCAAUGAAGCAGCGGUUGUAUCAUUUGGCACUUCAACAUCUUGAGGGAGCCGAAAUUUUAGCAAAUCAACCGGAUACACUCAACAGUAUUAAAACUCAAAAGAGUCAGAUUUGUAGCGUGUAUGGAACAACGUUGUUUGAGAAAGGCCUGAAUUUGGAGGAGGGAAAUGCGGAUCAAGCAAAAAUGAACUUUAGUAAAGCGAAAUCCUUGUUAAAACGGGGGAUGAAAUUGGUUGAUUGUGACGAAACAAAGAACAAGCUACGUCUUGUCGAAUUGAAGAUCAGCGGAAAUAGCAAGUUUAACAAAGCUGUGAAGUUAGACAACGAAGCUUCUUCAUUUCAAGAACAAGAACAAUAUAAAGAAGCUUUGAAUAAAUACCACGCAGCUUUGGGUAAAUAUGAUGAAGCUAAGGAAGACUACGGGGAAGGUGCCAGACACAAGGAAGAAUAUUUUGCAGAUUCCGUCAAAAUCGUGGAUGAACAAAUCGAGAGAGUCGAAGUUGCUGUGAAUGAUAUUAUUGGUGUACAGAUAAUGCAAGGUCAAAUUAGUGGACUCAGAAUGGACAACAGAAUAAAAGAGACAGUGGAGGGUGAAAAGGAGGAAGUUGAAUCCAAGUUGCAAAAUAUCUUUAUUCAACGUUAAAGUGAGAGUUAUUGUAGAAUUUAUGGUCGCAGGAAGUAUUGUAAAGACUCUCAUUUACUUAGCUUGUCGUAGAUCUGUUUUUUGUAGUUUGCUUUUAGCAGUAUUUUUGACAACAAGUUUUACUGUUGUAAUUCAGUUUUGUCAAUAUGAAUAAUAUAUUUACAUUUUUAAAA